UAAAAAAUCAACGAUUACAAAAGUUUUCAUUUUGCAAGGAAACUUUCAAUUUCUAUUUAGCCGAAUCCGAAUCAACUUUUUUGAAAUUUAAGUGAAUUUAGUAAGUACAUAAAUUAAUCCGGCUUUCGUUAUCGUUAUUGCGAUGCUGUAAAAUUUGCUGAUGGUAUCGUAUGUCAUAAUUUGACAGCUUUGGACACUGUUUCUGUGGCGAACCAGAAUUGCGUAAAUCGAUCUAUCGUAGAUUCCAAAAGUUGCUUGGUUACGAGAAGUCGCAGAUUUUCAAACUUCGCGACAUUAUUCUAAUAUCCUUGAAGAAAAUCAUUCGAAAGUUGAGCAGGUUACCUACGAUAACUUUUACAACCCGUCACAUUUCUAUUAGUUUCAUUUAUGAGCUUAUAUUUGUGCUAUAAUUGCUCGUCAAAAUGUCGGAUGCUUGGCAAAAUAUUCAAUCCAUGAAAAAUAAACGUAACAGCUUACGUGAAAAGUUACAAAAAAGAAAAUCUGAAAGACAACACUUGCUGGUUGAAACUGCAGCGACUUCUCCAAUAGGAAAUGAAGAAAAUCAAUCUGGAAUUGGAACCGACGUUAAAAACAGUGAGUCAGAUGUGGAGCGUCAUUUGUUACAAGAAUUAUCCAACACUAAUCUCACUCUGCCCGUUACAUCCAGCCAACUUUUGACUACGUUGAAAAAGUCGUUUCCAGAAUCUGAAAUAACUCAUACCUUAGUCAAUAAUUUGCUCAAUAAAUUUUCAUCGCAGAAAUUAAUAAGUACUAAUGAAAACUGUAAAGAUGGUGAAUCUAUUCUUGAAGUAACAACCACAGAAAAUAGUAAGUUGACUACAAUGGUUGCAGAACUGCUUUCAACGGGCCUAAAGUCAAAUACUGAUAACAGUGUGCACGAAUCAACCGGUAAAACUGAAAAUAAAAGAAAAAGUUGUGCCAUUGAUGACGAUUCCAUUUCGAGUAAUGUAACUGAACAUUCCAGAAAACUAAAAGAAAUUAGAAACGAACCAGUAAAUGAAAUCAUGUCUUUAAUUAGUACUCCGUCGAUUAGAGAAAAACAAGUGAAACGAAUAGGAGAAGAAAUUUUAGAUUUAUUAAGCAAGCCAACUACCAAACAACGUUCCUUAACAGAAAGAUUUCGAUCUCAAGGAGGUACUCAGGUGAUGGAAUUUUGUUCACAUAGAACAAGAAUCGAGUGCUGUCUAGAAGGUAACGAGAAUUGUAAAAAAUUACAUUUUAAGAAGAUAAUCGAACCUCAUACCGAAGAGAGCUUAGGAGACUGUUCUUAUUUAAACACCUGUUUUCAUAUGGAUACUUGCAAAUACGUUCACUACGAAGUGGAUAAAAUAUUUUCCGACGAUAGUAAAAAUAAUGGGUGGAAUCAGGAUCCUGAUUGGAACUCCAACACGAAGAAAAAAGUAUCCAUUCAAGAAAAUACCAUUUUACAUCCUCCUCAAUGGGUUCAGUGUGAUUUGAGGUUUUUCGAUACCUCUGUGUUAGGCAAAUUUGCUGUUGUGAUGGCUGAUCCACCUUGGGAUAUUCACAUGGAGUUACCAUAUGGCACUUUGUCUGAUGACGAAAUGCGACAGCUUGGAGUUCCUAAUUUACAAGACGAAGGCUUAUUAUUUUUAUGGGUUACUGGAAGAGCCAUGGAGUUGGGCAGAGAAUGUAUGACGUUAUGGGGUUACGAAUAUAUUGACGAAUUAGUUUGGGUCAAAACUAACCAGCUGCAAAGAAUUAUUAGAACUGGACGUACCGGUCAUUGGUUGAAUCACGGCAAGGAGCAUUGUCUGGUGGGUAUGAAAGGAAACCCAAAAAAUUUAAAUCGCGGUCUCGACUGCGAUGUAAUUGUUUCUGAAGUUAGAGAUACCAGUCAUAAACCAGAUGAAAUUUACGGUAUUAUCGAACGUCUUUCUCCCGGUACCAGAAAAAUAGAAUUGUUUGGCAGAGCCCACAAUGUUCAGCCAAACUGGAUAACUUUGGGAAAUCAAGUUGACGGUAUCCGAUUGGUGGAUCCAAAUAUCAUUUCUGUGUAUAGUAAACGUUACCCUAAUGGAUAUUCAUUGACUAAUACGAAGACUUGAGGAAAAUAUUACUAACGAAAUUUUACUUAGUAUUUUUGUUUGAAAAAGUACUCUUACCUUAUUUCCUUUUUUUUUACUAUAAUUUUUGUAUAUUUAUUUCAAAAUAAAUGAGUUAAAUAAAUUAAAAAUGAA